ACCUACCGGCUCGGUCUGCCGGUCCCCCCCAACUAUCAGUUUCCUCAUCCUCAGCGGAUUCCUCUGCCCCGCAAAAAUCUUUGCAGUUUCUCGAAGAUAACUCUUAACAGACCCCGGAAGAAGUUAAAAAGGGUCAUCCUUAUCUCUUCCUUAGUACUGUCUGCUUGUUUUUGGGUACAAGCAUUGGAGGCCACUGAGCACUGCAGAGGAGAAUUGAAGGGGAGAAUCUGACAUGGGUUCGAUGAGUGAGGCGGCAACGCAGGUGCUGAUCCCGGCGGCAGCUCUUGUCGGGAUUGGGUUUGCUCUGCUUCAGUGGUUCUUGGUGUCCCGGGUGAAGGUCUCCGACAGCUCCGGGGCGGACAAUGGGUACAAGGACCGGCUGAUUGAGGAGGAGGAAGAAGGGGUCGACAAUCUCGAUGCCGUCAUCAAGUGUGCCGAGAUUCAGAAUGCCAUUUCCGUCGGGGCAACUUCUUUCCUCUUCACUCAGUACAAGUACCUCAGCAUAUUCAUGGUUGCUUUCGGGCUCAUCAUCUUCCUCUUCCUCGGCUCUGUGAAGGGCUUCAGCACGCAGUCCGAGCCCUGCACUUACAAUCCCACGAACCUCUGCAAACCUGCCCUUGCAAACGCCUUCUUCAGCACUCUUGCCUUCCUGCUCGGGGCCCUCACCUCCGUCCUCUCGGGCUUCCUUGGCAUGAAGAUUGCAACCUAUGCAAAUGCAAGGACAACCUUGGAGGCACGUAAAGGUGUAGGAAAGGCCUUCAUCACGGCUUUUAGGUCCGGGGCGGUGAUGGGAUUCCUCCUUGCUGCAAAUGGGCUCUUGGUUCUUUAUGUGUCGAUCAAUCUUUUCAAGCUCUACUAUGGUGAUGACUGGGAGGGACUCUACGAGUCGAUCACGGGUUACGGUCUCGGAGGUUCUUCGAUGGCUCUAUUUGGGAGAGUUGGAGGCGGUAUAUACACUAAAGCAGCUGAUGUCGGGGCUGACCUCGUCGGGAAAGUCGAGAAGAAUAUCCCCGAAGAUGACCCACGAAAUCCUGCGGUCAUUGCCGAUAAUGUGGGAGACAACGUGGGGGACAUUGCCGGUAUGGGCUCAGAUCUCUUUGGGUCCUAUGCCGAGUCAUCAUGUGCAGCACUCUUCGUGUCAUCAAUCUCGUCAUUUGGAGUGAGCCAUGACUUCUCUGCCAUGUCCUAUCCUCUCAUCGUGAGUGCCAUGGGGAUUGUGGUCUGCCUGAUCACGACACUCUUUGCCACCGACCUCUUCGAGAUCAAGAACGUGAGUGAGAUUGAGCCGUCCCUGAAGCGCCAGCUCCUCAUCUCGACUGUCCUGAUGACUGCUGGGAUUGCCAUGGUCAGCUUCUUUGCUCUCCCGUCGGAGUUCACCAUCUUUAAUUUCGGGACUGAUAAGGUCGUUAAGAACUGGCACUUGUUCUUCUGUGUUGCUAUUGGCUUAUGGGCUGGACUUGUCAUUGGUUACAUAACAGAGUACUACACAAGUAAUGCUUACAGUCCGGUGCAGGAUGUGGCAGAUUCGUGCAGGACCGGAGCAGCAACAAAUGUGAUAUUCGGGCUGGCUUUGGGCUACAAAUCGGUCAUCAUUCCCAUAUUCGCAAUAGCUUUAGCCAUUUAUGUGAGCUUUAGCUUGGCUGCAAUGUAUGGUAUCGCAGUUGCUGCUCUAGGGAUGCUCAGCACCAUUGCCACGGGUCUUGCCAUAGAUGCAUAUGGCCCCAUAAGCGAUAACGCUGGUGGAAUUGCAGAGAUGGCAGGAAUGAGCCACAAGAUUCGUGAGAGAACUGAUGCUUUGGAUGCUGCCGGAAACACCACAGCUGCCAUUGGCAAGGGUUUUGCUAUUGGAUCGGCUGCUCUUGUCUCUCUUGCUUUGUUUGGCGCCUUUGUGAGUCGUGCAGGCAUCAAAGAAGUAGAUGUGCUGACCCCGAAGGUCUUUAUUGGGCUGAUUGUCGGGGCAAUGCUCCCCUACUGGUUCUCUGCCAUGACCAUGAAGAGCGUGGGGAGCGCUGCGCUUAAGAUGGUCGAAGAGGUCCGCCGGCAAUUCAACACUAUUCCUGGGCUCAUGGAGGGGACAGCAACGCCUGAUUAUGCAACCUGCGUUAAGAUCUCGACUGAUGCUUCACUGAAGGAAAUGAUCCCGCCCGGUGCUUUGGUGAUGCUUACUCCUUUGAUUGCCGGAACUCUGUUCGGAGUGGAGACUCUCGCGGGAGUUCUUGCUGGUUCUCUUGUUUCGGGUGUGCAGGUCGCCAUCUCGGCUUCUAACACCGGUGGAGCUUGGGACAAUGCAAAGAAGUACAUCGAGGCGGGUGGAUCCGAGCACGCUAAGUCACUCGGUCCUAAAGGCUCGGACCCCCACAAAGCAGCCGUGAUUGGGGACACGAUCGGCGACCCCCUCAAGGACACCUCGGGCCCUUCGCUCAACAUCCUCAUCAAGCUCAUGGCAGUGGAGUCGCUGGUGUUCGCCCCAUUCUUUGCAGCCCACGGAGGCCUGCUGUUCAAGCUGCUCUAAACUUCACCGAAACUGAAGCUGCACGAGCAGGUUAAUAACGUCAGUGAGUCUAACCUUGGGGGUUUGUUUUUACACGUACGAUGAUCGAUGCAGCAGCUACGACAGGUGAAACUCUCGAUUUGCUGUAAUUAGUGGGUUGGAGAUGUAAAUGAAGGACGCGGCUGCAUACGUUCUUGUUAAUUUGUAAUUUCACGUCAAAUAAAUAAAUCUACGCAUGUAUUUUUCUUUGUCCAA